GGCACCCACCCCAAGAAGGAGCCCAUGGAGGCGCUGAACACGGCGCAGGGCGCUCGCGACUUCAUCUACAGCCUGCACUCCACCGAGAGGAGCUGCCUGCUCAAGGAGCUACACCGCUUCGAGUCCAUUGCCAUCGCUCAAGAAAAAUUGGAAGCUGCACCACCUACCCCAGGACAGCUGAGAUAUGUAUUCAUCCACAAUGCGAUACCUUUCAUAGGGUUUGGCUUUUUGGAUAAUGCAAUUAUGAUUGUUGCAGGAACCCAUAUUGAGUUGUCUAUUGGAAUUAUUUUGGGAAUUUCAACUAUGGCAGCUGCUGCUUUGGGAAAUCUUGUGUCAGAUUUAGCAGGUCUUGGACUUGCAGGCUACGUUGAAGCUUUGGCUUCCAGGUUAGGCCUGUCAAUUCCUGAUCUCACACCAAAGCAAGUUGACAUGUGGCAAACACGUGUUAGUACACAUUUGGGCAAAGCUGUUGGGGUGACUAUUGGCUGCAUUCUAGGAAUGUUCCCUUUGAUUUUCUUUGGAGGAAGUGAAGAAGAUGAAAAACUGGAAAAGAAAAAUCAACUCUCUUAGAAUACCUAUAAAAAUGUAAACUAAUGUACCUCAAUUAUUAAAUAUGCUGUCACAACAUUUAGGAAUUAAGACAGUAACAGUGUAAUAGAUACGGGAUCAAAUAAUUCAGCAUGUAUUCUGGAAAACACUAACUUAUUGUGGCUUGGUUUUCUUAGGAUCUUUUUAAAAAACUUUUGUGUAAAUUGUUGAAAUGCUUUUUCAUCAAUGGCAGUCAACAUUUUACCUUUUAUUUUUCUUUCUUUCUAUACCAAAAUACCAUUUAAGUAGAAGUCAUUGAUGUACUGUGCUGACUUGGGGUUUGGCUGUUUGUUGCUCACCACGUGUACGUGCAUGGAAGCCUUUCCUGUUGUUGUUGAUGUUCCCUGUAGUUGCGAUUCAACCUUAAGAUUUUUUCCAAAUUACUUAGGAUGUUUAAUAUCAGUUAAAGAUUUUUUUUAACUCUUUUUUUGGCAACAUCAAUUUUGUACUGUUUCACAGUAAACAUUUACAAUCAUAUAAUUUUAGUCAUUUUUAAAAAAGUUUUUACAUCUAUUCAAAAUGGACAGAGACGUUAAGUAUUUUAAGUGGCUAUCACUCACUUUAAUUUUCUGACCUUACUGUCUCAAGAGCCAGAUAUUAAUCAGAAUGAAUGAUUUUUUGGUCUCCCUAUUACAUAAAACUAUGUUGUUAACAAGUAUAUUAUUUUGAGUUUUUUUUUUACUUUUAAUUUCUCAAACUUGAAUAAUUACUCAGUGGUUUCUGACUCUUAAGGGAAAGAAAAUGACUAUUUUAGGGAAUUUUUAAUGGGGAUUGUAGAAUUAAGGUGAACUAAGUAGUUUGACAUGACGUUUGGAUAAUUAAGAGGCUAACGAAUUUUUUUCACAGAAGUAGAAAAUGGUAACUGUUAAGAAGGUUUAUAGUAUAAGUGGUGAAGUUGAGGUGGUGUUUGUAAGGUUGAUCAGAUACAAACUAUAUUGUUUGGGAAGGAUUUAUUUUUUUCCCCUAAAAAUGUCUUCUCAUCUGAAUUGAAUGAGUUUGAGUACUCAUAAUCCUGAUGUUGUUAUAUGUUGUUUGGCGAAUUUAAUUUCUGAAUAAUUUCUUUUGAGGUGAAAAAUAAAUAUUUUAUAUUUUGCUUUUUGCUAUAUAUAGCCUAGUAGUCAAAAGUUACAUGAAGAGAAACCCUUUCUCACUUUUUGGUCCUUUUGUGUUUUUGUUGUGUUUAAAUCAUAUUCUAGAUUGAAGUUACUUAUUUUUAAUCUUAUAUAUCUGACUUAAGUAUAGAUGUGAAUCAUAAAUUUUAAUUCUGUGAACCCUUAAAGUUUGUUAGCAUGUGAUCUGUUACACGUGCUAAAAAAUUACUCUUAAUUGUAAGAGUAAUUAAAUACAUCAUGGAGGAGAAAAACAAAUUAAAAUUACUAUUUGGGCCACUGAAAUUAUGUAUUUUGCUAAAUCGAUGUAAAAGAAGGGAAACUUAUAAAAUGGCUGUAUUUACAGCUACUUUAUUUUAAAGUUUUAUUUGCACAUACUUACUUUGAGCUCUUAUUUUCAGAGGAGCUAUUUUUUUCUCACAGCAGUUUGUCCUGAAUUCUCUUCUGUGUACUUCAAAAUAAUUUAAUGCUAUUCUUUAAUCAUAGAUUUUUGAGGGAAAAAUAAAUCAUACAAUAUAAAAAUAAAUAUAUAACAUUCUUAUUAUAUACAAAUAAUACGACAUCUCUGAUCAAAUUAGAAUGAUAAAACUUGACAUCUUAAAUUGCAUUGUGGUUUAUAUCUUCUACAUAAUAGGACAGACACAUCAAAAUUUUUUUAUUAUUUCAGAUGAUAGGAUUAGAGUGGUUAUUUAAAAAAAAAUUUUUUUUGGAAAUGUUUAAGUGCUUUUGUCCCUAACUUGUAUUGCCAUUCUUUCUGUUUUCUAAGAACGUAUUUUAUUGUGGUGCUUACAUUUUCUUUUUAUUAAUUAAAUCCCAUAUUCAGAAAACUUGCCUGUGAGUUUAGAAAGGGCUUUUGAUUAUUGCUUUCUUUUUCUUUGCUCUUGAAAAUAACACAGUCCUACGGAAUCUUUUAGUUUAGCUGGGCAUCUGUAGACUUAUGUAAGGUGUAAACAUGUGGAGUAUAUAACCUUUAUAUUGAAAAGCAUUUUAAUUUAUGGACAUGAUAAAAACUUACAAUAUUCAGUUAAUUAGUUUUAAAAAAAAUGGAGCCCUUUUGUCCUUAAUCUAAGGUAUGCAUUUUUUUAAGAUCUUAUUCUACACUAGUAUGGUGCUUUGCACAAAGUGACUUCUGAAAAAUGGUUCCCUUUAAGAUAAUGACUUCAUGUAAUCAUUGUUUCAUAUUCCUUGUCACGAAGAACCUUAUUGCAGAUUGAAACUGGAAUUCUUAUUUCUCCUAUUAGCUAUUUCUAUAUUAGGAGCACUAUAGCUAUGGUUAAAUGCAACAUGAGCUGUGUCAGUACUGUUCGUUUAAAAUUCAUAUUGUCUAUGUAUUAUGAUUUACAGACUUGUUGAUGCAUGUAAAUUGGGUGCAUUUUGUUGCCACUGUAUGUUAAAUGGUGACCAAUGUUUUUACAGAGGAACUGAACAAAAAAAAUUUCUUUUAAGAAAUUUUGAAAUGUGGUUUUGAUUUUAAAAUUUAAUUUUCUUCCUUAUCUCAGAAAACCCUGGUUAUUCUGUAGCUUAAGGAGAUAGGAUUGAUAAAUGCAGAUUUGUUACAGGAUUGUAGCAAUGUCACUGAAACAGUCAAAUGGAACUACUCACCACUUCGCUGAAGUCCACACUUGAUAAUAUGACGUUACAGAUUAUGAGAGAAGAGUGAUCCCAUAUUGAGAGAAUUUGACAUUUAAUAGGAUGUCAAAAAAACUUUAGAUGGGAAAAUUGGUGUAAAUUACAGUGACGGUAUUUACAGCAGAGAUAUCCAGGUCUUCUAUAUAAUAACACCUCAUUUACUUUACUCCUUUUCUCUAGAAGAUACAUUUCAAAAUUUAUCUUUUACACCAAAAUUUUGUGUAAACCAUUUUGAAGUAAAUCUUCCUAAUUUUCGGAUUAUAUUUUCUUUCUAUCGUAAAAGAGUGUAUUAAAGGUAAUAGAAUGUAAUCUUUUUCUUAGUGGCUAAGCGCCUCUAUGAACAUUAUUAUUGUGCUGUAAUGCAGUACCUCCAGAAUCUGGUUUUUUUUUUUUUAAUAGUUUUCAUUUUCUUCCCAUUUUUUUGCUGCUCUCUCUUCUGGCAGUUGUUCUCUCUAAUUUGCUGCUGCUUCGCUGUGUAGACUGAGAAACUAGAUAGUUUCUUAUAUUAUUUGGGAAAUAUUAGUAACUAGGCUAUGGAACCUGAGUAAGAUGGUGAUGGUGAUGAUGAGCAUAAUGUUAGCUCCCUUUUAUUAAGCAUUUAUUUGUUGCUAUGUACUGUAGUAUUUUACACACAUUGUCAUAUUUAAUGACUUUUAAUAACAGUGUUAAGUUGGUGCCAUUAUUAUUCCUAUUUCAUGUUGGGUGAAUUGAGACAUGGAGAGGUUCGUUUGCCCACAGUGUCGCUACUAAUAAGUGGAUAGAAUCUAGCUUUGUCAAAGUGUGAAGUCUGUGUCCUUAACUACUUAUCAUUGCAGUCAGGACAUAUAUAUAUGU